GUAGAGCGAGGCAGAAAGAGGACGGCACCGCAAGAACAAGAAGAGGAAAACAGAAGGAAGAGGGGGCAAUCGAAAGAGGACCGAGAUGGAGGGAGCUGUGAGGGAGAGUUCAAGCGAGAGCAAGGAGUGAGAGACCGUCAUCCACCACGCUCAAAUCGCGGCCAACAACUCGCCACCGUGCUCUGUCCACGCCGAAGCCCCGUCACAUUUAUGAAGAGGCCUACGGGGCUCAACAUUUCCAUGGCUCCUCUGCUUCUGGUGCUGGUUCUGUGCAUACCCACGACAGUUCUCGGUGGUCAUGAUUCUGUGCAAGCUCUGAGCAAGAGCAUCCACUUCUUUGAAGCUCAGAGAUCUGGCUAUCUCCCAAAGAACCAGAGGGUUCCAUGGAGAGCCAACUCUGGCCUACAUGAUGGCAAAGCCAGUGGAGUGGAUUUGGUGGGAGGGUACUACGAUGCACGGGACAAUGUGAAGUCCGGGCUGCCGAUGGCAUUCACGGUGACGAUGAUGUCGUGGAGUAUACUGCAGUACGGGAGGCAGAUGGCCAAGAGCGGCGAGCUCGGCCACACCAUGGAGGCUGUGAAAUGGGGCACCGACUACUUCAUCAAGGCUCAUCCUCAUCCGUACGUCCUCUACGGAGAGGUGGGGGACGGGAACAACGAUCACCACUGCUGGCAGAGGCCCGAGGACAUGACCACCGACAGGAGGGCGUACCGGAUCGACCCGACCAGACCCGGGUUGGACCUCGCCGGAGAGACCGCCGCCGCCAUGGCUGCCGCCUCCCUUAUCUUCCGCCACUACGACCAGGCCUACUCCACCGAGCUCCUCCGCCAUGCCAACCACUCGCCGUCGUGCCCCGUCCGCGCCAAAGCCCCGGUAGGUCUUAGCUUGUCUUUUUUUCUCGCUUUCUCCAGUUUGGCAUUGAUUUCCUGA